GUCGUAAUCCUUGGCGCGCCUCGACACAUCUGCGGCAUCGAUGCAUAUGCGUGCUAACACAUGCUCGAGUGGCGGACUAUCAACAAGCGGCGGAAAAGGCGGCAGCGGCGAGAAGAUGAUCCCUGAGGCAGUCUGCGUGCCACUGACUCGAACGCCAGCCUCGAUCUCCGCAAGAACAUCUGCGCGAAUGGGGGAGAACAAUCCAGAAUCAAGAACCACUGCUGACAGGAUCCUAUGGAGGGCAGGCCAGUCGAUAGGCCUAGAGCCCGGGCUUUGGAAAAAUGUAGACUUGAGCUUUUUGUCGAUGGCAUAGAGCGGUCAUUGAGCUGUUUGGCUGAGGUCGAAGAGCCCUUGAAUGGACAACUGGCCCCAGCGGCAUUGCAGGUGAUGAAGAAGGCUUCUAGGGUGAGCUCCAAGUCGACGAUAGUGGAAGGCUGGUUGCUGGUGAUGCUGUAUGCGACAUUGCUUUGCACGACCGCUGCCAUGGUUCAAUUCAGUGCUGUAGAACAGAAGUAUGAAAAGCUUACCAUCCAGCGACAACUUUCCCACAGCUUCAGGGUACAGCGCCGCAAAAGUGUGUGCGGUGUGCGUCCCAGACGACAGCCCAUGCCAGUACACCUUCUUCUCGCCAAUCGCCCUCAUGACAGCAUGGACGUUCACAGCGCUGGGAUACGUCCCCAUCCAUUUAUCAGCAUUACUGCUCAGCUUCUCACACUAUUUUGCGAACUUCCUCGCGCAUUCUCGAUGCGCUACCAGCGCGCUGCUCAGCGAGCCGAGCACACGGGACUCAGAGGCACUCCACGCCUUGCACUCCUCGUUGUUGCGGAAGCACUGCAGUGUUGGGGUCGAGUAGCCGGUGCCACGGUAAUCGAUGCCGAUGAUGUCGUAGUUCGGCUAUAAGGGGGUGAAGUAGGGCACUGUUAGGAUGACGGCGUUUGUCCU